AUGCCCGAGGAGCAUGUUAAUGCAUUUGACGAUCUGACAGCUGAGAUUCAUUGUUUGGUACAUGCAUAUCCUCAGCCACAAAUCAUUUGGACGUAUCGCAAGAACGUUAACUCUGUGGUGGCACAAAAGCUUAUCGAUGAGUUGAUGGUUGUCAACGAAAUCGGACCAAAUAAAUAUGAAUCCAUCCUUACGUUGAGAAAUGCAACAGGUCGCGAUGGUGUAUAUACGUGCGAAGUUAGUUCGGGCGGUAUGGAUGUGUCAGGAGACGCUCAGUUAAGCGUUGUUAAAGCUGCAUUACCGUUAACGCCUCGAUUCGUUCUUCAG